CCGACCACGUGCGGAGCCCGCCCGCGCCGGACCCCGCGGGACAGCUGGGCAGGCAGGGCAGGAGCCUGGAGCAGCCCCAGAAGGGCAGGAAAGCUUCUGGAGACUUCCACAAUGAGUUUCGUUGAGUACGAAGAGCUCAUUAAGGAGGGUGAUACCGCCAUCAUUUUCUUGGGCCAUGGCUCAAUGUUCCCUGUGCAAGUCCAACGUGGGGCUCAGACCCAGACCAAGUAUGGUGUGAUCCGCCAUUCAGCCCAUCUCAUUGGACAACCUUUUGGCUCUCGGGUGACCUGUAGCAAGGGGGGCUGGGUAUAUGUGCUCCACCCCACCCCUGAGCUCUGGACCCUGAACCUCCCACACCGGACCCAGAUUCUCUAUUCCACAGACAUCUCCAUCAUCACCAUGAUGCUGGAACUGAAACCUGGCUCCAUAGUCUGUGAAUCAGGUACAGGCAGCGGCUCUUUGUCCCAUGCCAUCAUCCGAACGGUAGCUCCCACCGGCCAUCUGCACACGGUGGAGUUCCAUCAGCAGCGAGCCCAGAAGGCAGAAGAAGAGUUCCGGGAGCACCGAGUGGACCGCUGGGUGACCGUGAGGAACCAGGACGUGUGUAAGAAUGGCUUUGGUGUGUCCCAUGUGGCUGAUGCUGUCUUCCUUGACAUCCCCUCGCCCUGGGAGGCUAUUGGCCAUGCCAAGGAUGCCCUCAAGGUGGAAGGUGGUCGCCUCUGCUCCUUCUCACCCUGCAUUGAGCAAGUCCAGCGGACCUGCCAGGCCCUGACCGAGCACGGGUUCAUUGAAGUCACCACCCUGGAGAUCCUGCUACGAGAGUACAAUGUUCGGACAGCAAACUUGCCCAUGCCGGAUCUGGGGGGGGCCCUGGACCCCCUGCCUGUCCUGGGCGAGGCUCAGUUUAAGAUCGGGGUGCCCUUGAAGGAGACUGUGGGCCACACCGGCUACCUGACUUUUGCUAGCAAGAAUCUAUUUUGAUGCUGCCAAUCUGGAGCGGGGAGGAGGCCGGGAGGUGGAGGGAAAGGGGGGCUGCGAUGUGUGGAGUCGCCCAGUUUUCCUCCUUCGGUCAGAGAAUGCCUUAUAUAGUCAGGCCUCUUAGGCCUGGGCUUUUGCAGAAAAGCCAUUCAGCCAGGCACUGGGCAGCCUGCACCCGGGUUUUUGGAAACUGAGCAGGGAAUCUGGCCAAGUCCUAUCUGGGGUGUUUACUUUGCAUCUUUUCACCCACCCCCACCCUCUUUCUUAAACUCCUCCAGCAUCCCCUCUCAUCCUUCUCAUCCCUCACCCCCCCUCCCCGCCCCCACUUCCCCUCCCUGGCCCUGUGGCCUGGAUUAAACUUAUUUAGAUUUGGGAGAUCUGUUUUCCACCACCACCACCCCCCCAUCCCACCCCAGGCUCAUUUCCUUGGGUUUUUAUUUUUGUCCUAAAGAUUAAAAAAAAAAAAAGUAUCCCUCUCCCCACCCCUGCCACCAAGCCACAUUCCUCUGUGGGUGCUCCAUCCAAGGGAGCCCUGAGGUUUAUCAGAAAAAGCACAAGAUUUAGUCAGGGCUUGAGUUUGGGCCCUGCUUCAUUAGUCAAUGUAUGGCCUUAUCAAGUGGCUUCCUCUCUCUAGACCUCAGUUUCCUCAUCUGUAAAAAGAGAGGAUUGGACUAGAAUCCCGAAAUUAAGAUGAUGAGUGGCCAGUCUGGGCAGGCUGCUGCUGUGUGUGUUGGGGGGAAGAGGGGACACACAGAAUAUCUCUCCCCUUCUUCCCCACCCCAAGCCUGGUUUGGGGACUGGAUUCCAGCUGUCCUCAGGAGUGAGCCUCCCUCCUCCAGCAAUUCCCAAGGUCCCUGGGGAUGGAGGGGCCUCUCUCUCCCCCUUGCCCUGGAAUGUUGCAGCUGUAAGAUGGAAAAUAUACCAUCCCCAGCCUGUGGCUGACCCCUCUGUAACAAUAGAGAACUUGAUGCAUUCUUUUAAACCUUUCCAUAUUUCUUUACCCAGAUAGAGUCUUUGGCCCAGUUUGUGCAUCAGUCUGGGCUCUUUGUUUUUCCCAGGUCUCCCUUGGAGUGCCAGAUCGCAUUUCCAUCUCCUGAAAUGGUUUCCCACUUCUCUGAGGGGGGACGGGGGGCCCUGAGGAGGCUUCCUUCUGCCUUCAUUUGUCAA